GCUAAUAAAUAAUGCCCAGGUCAUUUCCGCGUUAUGCACGCGAGCCACUCGCCAUUACUUCCGCAUCACGUGACCUAUAUGUCCGGCUGGACUCUUGCUCAAAAUCAACACUGCAACUAUGCGAGCCGCUCCCGAGGAACUAACCACGCUCAUUUCAGACCUUGAGACCUUCCUCAGAGAUGGCUUGAAAGGGGAAAAUCUGAGCAAAAAGGCAAAAGAUAAGAGGGAAGCAUUCAUUAAACGGAUAAAAGAGGUCAAAUUGGGCUUUCCACAUGAUUUCAAGGAAAAAAGUGGAGAGGAGUCGAGUGACGAUGAGGAGGAGGUGGACAGCAGCAACAAUGACGGUGGCUCACUGCAGUCUGAGCGCACUGACAGGGAGGAAGAGCCCUAUGAGGGUUACCACCAGUCUCCACCAAUGGCAGCGCAAGACCUGCAGUCUAUUCUCAUGUCAGGAUACCUGGAGAAACGCAGGAAGGACCACAGCUUUUUCGGUCAGGAGUGGCAGAAGAGAUGGUGCGCUCUUAGCUAUCGGACCUUCUACUAUUAUGGCCACGAGAAAGACAAACAGCAGAAAGGUGAGUUCGGCAUCGAUGGCUACAAUGUCAAAAUGAACACCAACUUACGGAAAGAUGCAAAGAAGGACUUUUGUUUUGAAGUCUCGGCUCCUGACAAGCGAGACUAUCAGUUUUGUGCGUCAUCGGCGAAAGAGGCGAAGGAGUGGGUGAAAUGGAUAGACCUUGUUUUGAAAGAUCAGUCUGGCAUCAUCCAAGAAGAAGAAGAGGAGGAAGAGGUGGAGAAGGAAAAGGAGGAGGAACAGCUAAUGUACGAUGAUGUGGGACUUGCACCAGAUACAGACAUCUAUGAAGUGCUCCCAGACACAAACACCGACUAUCAAAACUACUACCAGGGCUUGUGGGACUGUGUAGGGGACCACCCGGAUGAACUCUCUUUCAAGCGUGGAGACACCAUUUAUAUACUGAGCAAGGAGUACCAGAGCUAUGGUUGGUGGGUUGGAGAGAAAAAUGGAAAUAUCGGAAUUGUGCCCAGAGACUACUUACUGGAGCUCUAUGCUUUAUAAGCACAUCCCUGUGAGUGGAUUAUACUGGCCCUAAAAGUGUUUCUCAAACACACCUUCCAUACUUUUCACAUGUGUUUUCACCUGAACAAAUGUCUCUGCCCUUUUUAGAUAUAAUAACUAAUAACAUUUCACCAUUCUGCAGCCUUCAUUUCCUAAAAAGGCAAACCAUUGAUGUACUUUUCCUAAAAGGAAGAGGUGACAAGAGUGACAUUUUGUGCAUUUGUGCUAUUCAAUUUUACUUUGUUCAUUUUUUAUAUAUGCAAUUGUCACGUUCAUGCUCAGUUUCUCAACAAAGUGCUCUCUGAUGUUUAAGCAUGUGUAGUUCUGUUUAAAAGUGCGGUACACAUACAAUGUGUUCAAAGGCUAGUUUGGAACAUUGUUUUUAUUAUUCUUACUUUUCAUAAUGGUGGAUUUCCACUUUGUGACAACAGGAAAUUCCAAGUCCCAGGGUGAUUCAAGUUUGGGGAAAAUGUUUUAACAUGAUAACUAUACCACAAGGUGGCAAUAGAGACCCUAUGAAGGGCAUAGAUGGAACUGAGCCGUAACCUUUGCCCUUUUUAGUGUUGCGAUUGGACGUGCACUGUCAAUGUGAGAUUCUUUCAGUCCGUUUUCAGAAUAAAUACAUAUGUAUCUA